AUGCAUCAAGGCGAUUGCACCGCCACGGGGUUUAAGAAUCCUACGAACAGACGCCAGCCGCUGUUUCUGAAGGAGCUCGCGAAAGUUUGGUCGAGAUUCCCUGACGGCGAAUUUAAUGAGACCAACACUCUCCUUAUUGAUGACACUCCCUAUAAAGCGCUACUCAAUCCUCCUCACACGGCAAUUUUCUUGAAACCGUACACCUACAAUGAGCAGGAUAAUUUCUUGGCAGAGGGAUUGGUGGGGUAUUUGACGCAUCUGCGAAAUGCGGCGGAUGUGCGAGAGUUUGUGAGAAUGCAUCCGAUUGGGAUGCCGGCUAUCGCUGCAGGGUGUAUGCAUUGGAAUUUGUAUCGAAGCGUUUUGGAGAAGAUAAAAGAGGUCACAGAUGCAUCGACGCAUAGGAUCGCGUCGGGGAACUUGGAGCCACGGCCGCAUUUCUCUUCCACGGCGGAGGCGUUGGUGUUGGAAGAGUCGGUGCGGAACCUUUCGCUUCAUUAA